CUCCUCCCCCUCGCUCUGCCCGCCCUGAAAACAUCCGUACACAACAGUGCGCUGUCUUUUUUCCAGGGAGAAUAUCAGCUCGGCACAGGGAGGAGAGGAUUAGUGUAACCACUCAGCUCAUCUGCAUACAUGUUCCCAGGGAGCCACAUGAGCACGGCUGCACAUCCUUCAUAUAGACCUGACAAUCCUGUCACAGAGGCGCCACUUGAUCUGCUGUCACUGCUACCACACAGUUUCACAGGGACCAGCGUUAUCUUUUUUUUUUUCUUUUUUUUUUUUUUUCUUUUUUUUAUUCUGAGCUCUUCUAAAUGAUUUCCAGACUGUUUUUUACAAUUGAAAUUUGUUGUGAUGUCUCUAUUUAACUGGAACAAUGCAUGCAAUAUUGUUUGAUAUGGACUUGCUCUAAGCUUUGAGGAGUUUUCCCUUCCUUUUUUGGACUUUUCUACUUGCUCCUUCAUCUGGUUUGGGAGUCUGUAGCAACAGAAUGCCAUCUAGACAGUCUUAUGAAGUGCGCAAGGAAGACAAGUCCCUGGUGCAAAAGGCCAAGCGAGAGGCCAAUCAGGAGGAUAUUCUGGCGGCAGCUCUGGGGAUGAGGAUGGGGCCACAGAAACCUCCAGCGACUUUCUGGCAGCCACUUAAACUAUUUGCCUAUUCACAGCUCACCUCACUGGUCCGCAGAGCCACGCUGAAGGAGAGUGAACGGACACCCAGAUCUGAGAAAGUCCACAACUUCAAGGUGCAUACCUUUCGGGGGCCUCACUGGUGUGAACACUGUGCUAGCUUCAUGUGGGGACUGAUGGCUCAGGGGGUCAAAUGUACAGAUUGUGGUUUGAAUGUCCACAAGCAAUGCUCAUCUCUGGUACACAGUGACUGCAAGCCGGACCCCAGACACAUCCGCAAAGUGUACAGCUGUGACCUCACGACGCUGGUGAAAGCUUAUAACACAGCGCGACCAAUGGUGGUGGACAUGUGCAUCCGUGAGAUUGAGUCCAGAGGUCUGAAGUCUGAAGGUCUCUACAGGAUAUCUGGAUUUACUGAUUCAGUUGAAGAAGUCAAGAUGGCUUUCGACAAAGAUGGUGAGAAGACAGACAUCUCAGUGAACGUCUAUGAAGACAUCAAUAUCAUCACGGGUGCACUGAAACUGUAUCUCAGGGAUUUGCCUGUUCCCGUCAUCUCAUACGAUGCUUACCCCAGGUUCAUCGAGGCUGCAAAGCUCACAGACCUAGAGAAGAAGCUUGAAGCUUUCCGUGAGGCUCUUGCUCUGUUGCCGCCAUCACACAGUGAAACGCUCAAGUACCUCAUGGCACACUUAAAAAGGGUGACACAAAAUGAGAAAUUCAACCUGAUGAACGCAGAGAACCUCGCCAUUGUGUUUGGGCCCACCCUCAUGCGUGCACCAAACACGGACGCCAUAACAGCACUCAAUGACAUCCGCUACCAGAGACAGGUGGUGGAGGUGCUCAUUAAAAAUGAAGAUGUGCUCUUCUAAACAUACAGUAGAUCAGAACUUUUAAAGCACAGCUGUCUAAUCAUUCUUUUGUGCAAGGACUUGACUGUUUGUAUUACGUUGACUGAUGCAUUUUUACAUGCCCUGUGUAUGGACUAGUGCUGACCUAGCAUCUGUCCUCCCUUGUACUGGGUUUGGGUGGUGAACCUUAACCUUGUACAUAUUUUAUCUCCCCAUUUUUGUCGGGGGAUUUUCAGAAGCUGUCAGACCUGCAUGUGGUGCAAGGUCUUUUUUUUUUUAAGUUGUAGUUGUAACCUAGCAUGUUUUAAAAAUCGUGUAGCUGUGAUUUUGCUUUUAUCCAUUUUGUCUGUAGUCCACAUUCCCAGCUACUGGCUGUGCAGUUAUUUUGUGAAACUUUGUGUAGCUGAUGUAAAAAUAAGUAAGAAGUCAUUUUUAUGAUGUAUAUUUUUUAUCUCCUAAGCUGUUUUUAUGUAGCCUGCUGUUCUAUAGUUGAAUGAACAAAUCCUGUUAGUGUGUACGCACUGGUGUAUUUUCCUGAGCUUAACAUUUUUAUUGUGUUUGUGAAUUAAAUUUUUUUUAAUGUAAUGUUUUUAUACAACUUGCAUGAUUACAUUAAUUUAUUAAACCUUACUCUGAGACAAUACGUUCAUAAUGAGUCA